GGAAACAGUUGCACUAAAGUAGUCUUAUAUGUCACAUCAAUCAACCUGCGUUUCCUGAUAAUGAUACUUUUCAGCCCUUUUUGUGUUUACUUUAAUAGCGCACUGUUAAUGUGAAAGCUAACAUUGACGGAGAAGUGCAUAUUGAGCGGAUGCUUGUGAGAGUUGGUACAGAGACAACAACAACAAAUAUCCUCGCAGCUAACGUUAGUUCAGGUAGUUAGCUUCGAUCUGACCCAACUGUUUCCUUUAAAUGGUCCUACCUGACUUUAUUCUGCGGUAAACACAGCCGUAGUUCAGAUUCUCCGUUUAAAGUUUGGAGCAGACAUCAGCAGAAUGCAUCGGAGGGGUGUCGGUGCGGGAGCUAUUGCCAAAAAGAAGCUGGCAGAGGCCAAAUAUAAGGAAAGAGGAACUGUUCUAGCAGAGGACCAAAUUGUCCAAAUGUCUAAACAGUUGGAGACGUUCAAGUCCAACCUGGAGGAGUUCGCCAGCAAGCACAAACAAGAAAUCCGGAAGAACCCGCAGUUCAGGGUUCAGUUUCAGGAAAUGUGUGCCACCAUUGGAGUUGACCCACUUGCCUCUGGCAAAGGUUUUUGGUCUGAGAUGCUCGGUGUUGGUGACUUCUAUUACGAACUCGGUGUUCAGAUUAUUGAAGUGUGUCUGGCCCUCAAACACAGAAACGGAGGGCUUAUCACUUUAGAUGAACUCCAUCAGAGAGUCCUGAAGGGACGAGGGAAAUACGCUCAGGAUGUGAGCCAAGAUGACUUGAUGAGAGCCAUAAAGAAGCUGAAGGUGAUGGGGAGCGGCUUUGGGAUGAUUCCUGUCGGUGGUUCUUACCUGGUCCAGUCGGUCCCAGCAGAGCUGAACAUGGAUCACACUGUGGUUCUGCAGCUGGCCGAGAAAAAAGGCUUCGUGACAGUGAGCGAGAUCAGGGACGGUCUGAAAUGGGAGAAGGAGCGAGCUUGUCACGUUCUGGAUCACCUGCUGAAAGAAGGUUUGGCUUGGCUCGACUCACAGGCAGCUGGGGAGGCGCAGUACUGGCUGCCCGCUCUCUUCUCUGAGCUCACCUCCCGUGACGUCACACCGGAGGAGGCCAAUCAGAUGACACCUUAAGAAACGAUGCCAGCGUCAGAGACGUGUUGGUAAACACCGUGUGCCUGCUGGCCUGGAGGCUCAUGUGUCGGGUUGGCUGGCUCGCUGGGUGAACUCCCUCAGAGAUGGUUUUCUGGACACGAGGUGCUCCUCAGUAACGUCUCUGCACCGAGCGCACGUACACUGUUAGUCAGUGAAAGACGCCGGGUUUCCUCCACACUGCAGAUGAAAUUCAGUGGCUCUUCUGUCGUCUUGCUGGUGUCACGGUGUUUGGUGGUUAUGGGUUAUUCUCAAUGCACAGAACAUGUAAUUGUUUCUUUUUCAUGUAUAAACGAUGGGAAAAGACUUCA